GGAUCGACAUAACCGCGGGAGUUUACUGUUGCACAUGUUUUCGUACGAUAUAAAGUUACUUAAUUGUGUAAUUGCCAGUUGCUUUGUAGAAAAUAAUUAUCUUUUGUGUCACAUAUCUACUUCUUCCAAAGAGAACUAUUUGGUUAAAUCGCGUUUAUAAAUUGGUUAUCCUUAAACCAUUGACGUUUUACCUGAAUUUGCUUGUUCGUAUUGAUUAGUGUGUAAUCAUUUUAUCAUUUAUUAUUUUGUGUAUGGACAUUAUAUAGUAAAACUUUGAAACACGGUGGGUGUAUUAACGGGUGACUGGAUCUUCAGAUCAACAUGCAUCCGACAAAAGUUAUAAUUGAAAUCGGCUUAAAGAUCAUCCUACUUGUUUUGUCCGUCAACGAGGUCGCACUUCAACCAGGGCCAUGCGACAAUCAGGCGUUUGACAUCGUGUUCGCCGUGGACAGCUCCAGUAGUAUCUGGAAGCCAGACUUCGAACGCCAGCUCACGUUCGUCCGGGACGUGGCGCACCAGUUCGACGUUGGUCUCGAGCCGUCACAGACGCGGGUGGGAGUCGUCACCUUUGCGGACGAUUACUACCUGCAGUUUCAUCUGUGGCAGAAUAACAGGAUGGAUCUGCUUGACCAAGCUCUCAGCCGCAUCCGGCACAGGGCUGGCCGGAAGACCAACACGGCCGCCGCGCUCAAGUACAUCGCCAAAUACAUGUUCCUGCACCGAUACGGGAGUCGCUCGCACGCGACCCACGUUGCGAUUGUCAUAACAGACGGUCAAUCUACGGACCGGAAGCACACGGUUGAAGCGGCCAAGUUGCUGAAGGACGCCGGGAUCUACGUAUUUGCCAUUGGGGUGGGGAAGUACGUGGCGCAUCGGGAGCUGGAAGAACUUGCGUCACUUCCGUCUGAGGAGUUCGUGUACGAAGUGCAUGACUUUCAAUCACUGGAUAAGAUGAAGUUCACCAUUGCCAACAGAACUUGCACAGGAAUAUUCGAACACGCAUCAACGACGCCCCGAAGGCCUUCAAUAAAUACGACACCGAGCGAAGAAGCAACGCUGAUGCCGACGACGACGAAAGGCCCGAGUCCGACCCCGGCAGACAGGCUUCCAUCGCCAAACAAUCACCAAUCCCAGAAGCCGUAUACCCAGACGGAGGUUACGUUUUCGAAGCCUUGGCCCCCGGAGUUCCAGGCUGAUAUCGAUCCGAGUCUCAACGUAACCAACUGCGGUGGAAAGCCAGCGGAUAUCUACUUCGCCCUGGAUGCUUCAAGCAGCAUUUGGCCGGAAGACUUCAAGAAACAGCUAGCGUUUAUCCGAGACCUGAUAAGCCUCUUCGACAUAACGCCUACGAAAACGCGCGUCGGCCUCGUUACCUUCAGCGACACAGUGAAACCGAUAUUCGACUUUAAUACGCCGCAAACCAAAGAUCACCUCAUAGACCAAAUGGCCAACAUCUCCUUCAUGAGCGGACGAACGAAGACAGCCGACGCAAUCCGAUUCAUUCACGAGCAGGGGUUCUCACGAGAUGUCGCACGGCGCGAGGUGGCGCAUAUUGUACUGAUUUUUACGGACGGUCUCUCUAAGACGCCUCACGAGACGGCGCGCGAGGCGGAGCUUGCCAAGAGGGAUGGGAUAUACCUCUUCUCCAUCGGUAUCGGCAGCAGCGUCGAACGAACCGAAUUGCAGGACAUUGCGAGUGAUCCGGAUGACGACUUUGUGUUCCACGUCAGCAACUUCAGCGUCCUCAACACGAUUAAAAACAUCCUUGCAAUCAAGACAUGCUCUGUCCAAAGUAAAGACUACGUUGCAGAUGCCGCCGAGAAAAAAUGCACUGUUGGUAUGGACACAGACCUCAUGUUCGUGUACGAUUCGGCGCAGCUAGGCAUUCCACGGGCGCGCAAAAUCACCAAAUUCGUGUACGACGUCACAUCGGCGCUUGACAUGGAAUCUGGCCAUCUGAAAGUGGGACGCUUGCUGGAGAAUUGUUUGUCUGGAGCGGACACUUAUCUGACCCACCAGAAGCAAGCGCUGGAUUUCGACGACGUGUAUUUUCCGGAUCUGCGGCGCAUGAUUAAACGUGUGGCCAGUGUGGGCUUCGCGGAGCCGUACGGUGCACGGCGGAACGCCAAGAAAAUCGCCGUCUUGUUUAUCGACGACGCCACUGAGAAUCUGAAGCAGGCUCAGGAAGAGAUCGCGCGGCUCCGCGAGACUCACACCCUCGUGGUUACCAUUGGAGACACGGACUUAUCCUCGGCCGCGGCGCUCGCAUCUAGUCCGGCUAAUGACUACAUAGUGCAUAUCCCGGCGUAUUCAUACCUGCAUACGGCGAAGUAUACGCUGCUGCAGAAACUUUGCAAGAUAUUUUCUCAGCCCGUUUGAAUGUCUCACUUUUCAAAAAGUGUUACGAGAUUAUUAUGAUCAUACUACAGAGUACUUAUUUAUAUGUUUGAAGCAUUAGAAACAUAAAGGGCCACAUACCAUUUUUGUUGUAUAAAUAAUUGUUAAUCGCUAUACAUGAGUAGAAAUAACAACGCCCAGAAACAGCGCGCGUUGCAUACCGCGUUUGGUUGAUUCGGAUUGCUAACGGCUGAAAUACACAACGUAACGUAUUAAUAUGCAGCUGUGCCCGUGGGUUUGUGCGAGUCAUUAACGUAUCACUUACUUUUAUGGAUGCGAAUUAUCAGUCGUCAGCCGUUGGUGAUAUAUCAGAUUGAGCAAAUUCUCGGGCCUGUUGAUGGGAGAUAAGAAGUUCAGUGUGAAAGUAUUCGCUUUAACCGAGUUGUCUCGCUUAGUUCACCGACGGGUGGCGUUGCGUAUAUUCGUUUGUAUUUUGUAUGUACGUUCUUUCAUUCAUAUGAAUUUUUUAAACCUAAAGCAAAUGGCAUUGAAAAUAUAACUAAACAACUAUAGUUACCUACGAACCGCGACGAAAACUCAUUUGAAACGGAACAUAUCAUCAUGUAUCCCACGUACAUGAGUUUAGUAUUGUCCGUUUGUAUAGACUCACACAAUAAGAGAUUAAAACAUUGUGUUUUUUUAACAUGAAAUGUUUGUUAUUAUGUUUGUUAUAUUACGAGUAGAAAUAAAUGUAUUAACUUUGAAA